AUGACAAGGCAGGCAGCAGAGCAGUGGAGCGACAAAGGCAGGAUCAGCCAAGAGCAACCUGAUGACUCGAUUUAUGAAAUGUUCCCAUUUAUCAUGAAAUAUCUCCCAGGGUCUCACCAAAAAGCCCUUUCUGCUGCAGAGUUUAUCAUUAAUUUUGCAAAGAAGGAGAUUGUACAGCAUAAGGAAAACCAGAAUGUGCAUGAUCCACAGGAUUUCAUUGAUUUUUAUCUACUUCAAAUGGAGAUAAGCAAGAAUGAUCCAGAUUCUACCUUUGAUGAAGACAACUUGGCUCAUUGCAUUGCUGACCUCUUUAUCGCUGGGAUGGAAACGACUAAUGGCACUAUGCAAUGGGCACUGCUACUCAUGGCAAAUCAUCUGGAUAUCCAAGAUAAGGUGCACAAGGAGAUCAAAGAUGCUUUGAGUUCAUCUCGUUCCAUCUGUUAUGGAGAUCGGAAGAAUCUGCCCUACACCAAUGCUGUGCUUCAUGAGAUCAUGAGAAGCAAAUACAUCGGAUUAUUUGGAGUACCAAGACAAUGUACAAAGGAUAUUUACCUCAGUGGGUUUCUCAUUCCUAAGGGAGCUAUCAUUUUACCAGAACUGCGCUCUGUUCUCUUUGAUCCUGAACAAUGGGAAACACCUGAGAAAUUCAACCCCAAUCAUUUUCUGGACAAAGAAGGACACUUUGUCAGAAAAGAAGCAUUCAUGCCCUUUGGAGCAGGUGCUCGGAUCUGCUUGGGAGAACUCUUUACAAGGAUUGAGUUCUUCAUUAUGUUCACCAGCCUGCUGAGGAAAUUUAGGGUGCAGCCCCCAGAAGGAGUGGAGAAGCUUAGUGAAGAACCCAUAAUAGGAGUGACUGUGUAUCCUACUCCUUACAAGAUCUGUGUUAUUCCUCGCUCUGCUACAUCAGAGUAG